AACUUCUUCAUGGGCGCAGCCAUUUUAUCCCAAAAUGCACCUGAAAAACGGUGCGCUUGUUGGAACUUGCGGGCAACGGGGUCGCUAGUGUAAACAACUGCAGUAAUGGAGGAAUUUUAUCAUUAACAACUUUUUGGAUAGUGCUUGCAAAAUCAUGAUCAAAUCGGGUAUAACAAAUUUGCAGUUUUAAGAAGAAAAAGGAAAAAUAAUUAAACAAAUAUGGCAUCAACAAAAGACGUAGAUUCUGAUGGAGGCUCAUUUACACCAUCUGAUGGUAGCUCAUCUGAUGAAAGAAGCGAAAGAGAUUCUGAUUAUGAGAGUGAAGAAGAAGAUGUCUCAUCUAAACCUUCAAUGAAUUUACAAUGGACAGGGUAUGGAAAGAAAACGCCAGUAAUUUUGUUCAAUGCAGCAUGUUUAUAUAACAAGCGCUCCAGCAUGAGAACUGUUGGGGAGAGAUAUCAUAUGACCUACAAGUUUGGUAACUCUGAAUGUAAGAUUGUCAGAAAUAUAUUUAACAGUCAUGGCUUUCAUGAAGUUCAUCCUAACAGUUCUGAUUACAACAUUGUUUGGACAGGGGCCCAUCUAAAACCUUUCACCCUACGCAGUUUGUCAGAAUUUCAGAAAAUUAACCAUUUUCCAAGAUCAUAUGAAUUAACUAGGAAAGACAGAUUAUACAAAAAUCUACAAAGAAUGCAACAGAUAAAGGGAGUGAAAAACUUUGAUAUUAUACCUGCAAGUUAUGUGUUACCUGGGGAGUAUCAAGAAUUCUGUACCGCUUUUCUCAAAGACAAAGGUCCAUGGAUUGUGAAACCAGUGGCAUCGUCUAGGGGCAGAGGAAUAUUUCUGGUGAAUCAUCCGGACCAGAUACCACUGGAUGAGAAUAUUAUAGUAUGUAGAUAUAUAUCAAACCCCUUGUUGAUAGAUGGCUUCAAAUUUGAUGUUAGAUUGUAUGUGGCUGUCACAUCAUAUGAUCCUCUACAAAUAUACCUGUUUGAGGAGGGCUUAACCAGGUUUGCCACAGUGAAAUAUGAGAAAAGUAUGAGGCAUAUGAGAAACCAUUGUAUGCAUCUAACCAACUAUAGUGUGAACAAGAAAAAUGAUGAAUAUGUCAAGAAUGACGAUGCUGAUAUAGAGGACUAUGGUAAUAAAUGGUCCCUUGGUGCUAUGUUGAGAUAUCUACGAUCUAAUGGUAAAGAUACAGCAGCUUUAAUGAUGAAGAUUGAGGAUUGUGUAAUAAAAACAAUUUUGUCUGUAGAACUGCCUAUUGCUACUGCCUGUAAAAUGUUCAUGCCUUUCAAAGGCAAUUGUUUUGAGUUAUAUGGUUUUGAUAUUAUGAUAGAUGACAAUAUGAAGCCAUGGGUGAUAGAGGUUAAUCUGUCACCUUCCCUAGCUUGUGAUAGUCCUCUUGACAUGAAGAUAAAAAGCAAUAUGUUGUGUGAUCUCUUUAGUUUGACGGGUAUAAUCUGUCAUGACCCUAUGAUGAGAACUCUUCAACAAAGUAAAAGGAAUCAGGAUAUAGCUUCCAAAAUGGCCGCCAGAGUAAAGUCAGCAGGAGCGAAGCCAGCUCUGAGUUCAAUGAAACAGCGGCCAUCUUCUGCUGGCAGUAUGAAGAGAGGGGCAAAUAGUAGUAGUGAGAGCGCCACCAAUAAAUCAUUGUCUGGUUUGAAUAGCGACGAAAUAAGAAUUGUGAGGCGAGCAAAAGAGGAAGAGGCCCGUAAAGGGGGCUGGGUCAGAAUAUUUCCUACGGCAGACUCGUGGGACCUCUACUCAAGUUUCCUGCAGUUCACAACUACCAAUAAUUUAAUGGUGCACCAAAAACUUUUUCCAGAAAGGCAUAAAAAUUCAUCAACAGCAGUUGUGUCAAGAAGUUCUACUUCUGCCGGUUCUAGAGCAAAGGGUGAAGUAAACCAAAAAUUAACACUGAGUGCAUAUAUUCAGUUGGCAAAUAAUUCAAGUAAUGUUAAACCAACAGUAGAGCUGGCGGCAGCUUAUGCUCAAGCAAUGUUACGCACCAGGAGAUACGAGAGAAAGCUGGGAACCAAACGAAGUAGAAGUAAACGAAGAAGACGUAAUGCAAGACAAGAACGUAGAAAGUUAGUUCAAGGUGUACCAGAAGAUUCCGGUGAGGAACAAGAAGAAAAUGAAGACGAGGAGCCUCCAAUUACAGAAAGAAAUAUAUCCGAGCAAAAUAACACUAUGUCACAAAAGGUUGAAAAACCACCUGCUAAAACACAAAGUGAAGACCUUAUUAAAAUAGUUGUUGAGAAAGAGGCGAGACAAGAGUCUCGGUCAGAUAAACGUACAGGGCUUGCAGCCCUCGCUAAAAAUAAUGUAGACAAUAGUGCUGUGUCGUCAGCUGAAGUGAAGGGAGAUCACUCUAGUAACACUGUAGAAAAUGGUGCUGAAAUAAAUAAAGGUUCAAGGUCAAGGUCAGCAUCACCACCCGCCCCUCCACCACCACCGCCACCAAAAUAUAAUGUUGUAGAACUUUUGCAGAAAGGUCGUACACUAAGUAAAGUUCAGGCUAGAACAGCAUUUGCCAUGUAUUUAGUAAGAGUACAACAAAGAUUGACAACUGACUGUAACUCUAUGACACAAGAUGAUAUGGAUGGUCUCAAUGAACAAAUGGAUCUGGUAUUGAGGUUUUUGAAACGGGCUGCAGUCAAUCUUCAACAAUCAUUUAAAGUUGUGGUACCCAGUAGAAAACUGCCAUUAAAUGACAGGCGCAGAAUCCUUGCAAAACAGCUUGGAGAUUUUGUACAUAUAUAUAACAAG